UUGACUGCAGCCCACGUCGGCAAACCGUGCACCAUGGACCCUGCGUCGGUGAUCGCUGCCGCGCAAGGCAGCUGGCUCAGGAGGGACCCGCGCACCGCCAGCUGGUUCCUGGUCGGCAACGUUCCGUUCCUGCUCUUCCUCUUGCUCGGCUAUGUUUACGUCGUAAAAAUAGGUGGGCCGCGUUUUAUGAAGGGGCGAAAGCCCUACGAAAGCAUCAAGCCUGUUAUCGUGAUCUACAACGCCACGAUGGUGCUCUUGAACUGCUACUUUGUGGUAGCCUUUCUGUCCAAGACCUACUUGGGCGGUGGUUACAGCUUCUUCUGUCAAGGCAUAGACUUUGAAGCGCGCGACGAUGAGACUAUGAGUCUGCUGACCCACUGCUGGAUGUACUUUUGGAUCAGAGUGGUGGAUUUUUUGGACACUGUGUUUUUCGUGCUGCGCAAGAAAGAAUCGCACGUGUCGUUCCUGCACCUGGCCCACCAUGUCCUGGUGGUCUCCAGCGGCUGGUACGGGCUCGCCUACGGAGCGGAUGGCCACGCGGCUUUCACUGUUAUCUUCAACAGCUUCGUACACGUGGUCAUGUACACGUACUACUUGUUAUCUCUCCUGGGACCAUCAGUGCGGCCCUACUUGUGGUGGAAGCGAUAUCUGACGCAGCUUCAAAUGUUUCAGUUUGUCAUUUUGAUGCUGCACGCGACGAUUCCGUUGUUCGUGGACUGCGGCUACCCGAUCGCUCACAUCUACAUUGGUCUACCCCAGGGUCUCUUUUUCCUCGUCAUGUUUGUUCGAUUCUACGCUAGCGCCUACAGCAACAAGAAGAAUCUCACUACGCGCAAUGGCGUUAUAAGGAAGAUAAAUUGACCUUCAGACGAACUCUCUGUCGAAUCUGUAUCAGGCUGCGAUGCAAACGUGUUCAGUGGCUUCUGUGACAAUGUGCCUAUUUUGCCUAUGCUCCUUUUUACAGGGCGUUUGAGCCAGUGUGUCUGAACGAAACGAAAAUAAAAACGAUAAAAAGUACAUUUUUGACCGGAACGUAAGCGAAACGUUUGUUAUAUUAUUUCGGAGUGAAACCGCAAUAUAUCUUAUUCGUUUUCGGUUCAAGG